AUGUCCCGAGUUAAUGAUGUUGGUAUGUUUAUAAAAGCUGGUCGCAAUUUAACUGAUAAUGAAAAACAUAUAGUUCUCACAAAUGCAUGGAUUCCGCCUGUUUCUUACUCGUUUCCUAUACUAGAACCUAAUAAAGAACGAAAAUUAAAGUUUCAAAACCACUGGUUAACUUCAUACAGCUGGUUACUGUAUUCCGAAAUAAAAUCUGGUGCAUUUUGUCGAUUUUGCGUGGUUUUUGCUAAAUGUGGUGGUGUAGGAAAUCAAAAACUAGGUUUUUUGUCCUCUGAACCAUUUAACAAUUGGAAAAAGGCUAAAGAAGUUUUUAAUAAACAUUCGACGUUGGAAUACCAUAAAACUGCUGCUUUGAAGGCUGAUAGUUUUUUAAGUGUUUUUUCUAAAAAACAAAAAUCAAUUGUUGAUGCUUUGGAUGAUGAUAGGUAA